AGAUCAUUUUUGAAAAAAGAAAUCUAAUUUGUUUUUUUAUAUCAAGAGUUUGAAGACAUUUCAAUUUUGUUUAAGCUCUUUCGUGUGUUGUUUUAUGGUAAUUAUCUGAAAAAAAAAUGGUAGCUGAAGCUGAAGUUGUUUGCCAACAGAGCGUGCCGGUGUUGGAAGUUCCGUUUUUCGGUAAAGGAAGUAAUUUCGAGGAGAUUAACGAAAUCGUCGCGAUUCCGUCGCCGGUUUCUUCGCCUGAGUUCCGACAAGUCGGUCGUGGUGCUACUGAGUCGGUUUCCGUCGAUUUAUCCACCUCUCAACUGGAUGUGAAAUCUCUAGAUGAAUUCCCAGAUCCAUGUAAUAUUGAAUCUACUGUCCUGCAAUUCGUCCCGAGUAUCCGUUCAGGUAGCUUCGCUGACAUUGGUCCAAGGAGAUACAUGGAAGACGAACAUAUUCGUAUUGAUGAUCUAUCAUCACAAUUGGGCUCCCUUUUCAAGUUUCCUAAGCCUAGUGCUUUUUAUGGGGUGUUUGAUGGUCAUGGUGGUCCUGAAGCCGCGGCGUAUGUAAGGAGACACGUGCUUAGAUUAUUUUUCGAAGAUGUGAAUUUUCCCCAGUCGUGUGAAGUUGAUGAUGAUUUCUUAGCAGGGGUUGAGAACUCGGUCCGGAAAUCAUUUCUUCUUGCUGACCUUGCUCUUGCUGAUGAUUGUACCGUGAAUAGCUCUUCAGGAACAACAGCGCUUACGGCUCUUAUAUUCGGAAGGCUUCUAAUGGUGGCCAAUACUGGUGAUUGCCGAGCAGUUCUCUGUCGAAAAGGGGAGGCAAUAGAUAUGUCUGAAGACCACAGGCCUAUUUAUCCAUCAGAACGGAGGAGAGUGGAGGAGCUCGGUGGGUUUAUUGACGAUGGAUAUCUUAACGGUGUUCUAUCAGUUUCUCGAGCCUUGGGGGAUUGGGACAUGAAGUUACCCAAGGGUUCAUCUUCACCUCUCAUCGCUGAACCCGAGGUCCGCCAAGUGGUUCUGACAGAGGAUGACGAGUUCCUUAUCAUUGGAUGUGAUGGGAUUUGGGAUGUAAUGUCAAGUCAACAUGCAGUUAGCCUAGUUCGCAGAGGGUUGCGACGGCACGAUGACCCCGAGCAAUGUGCUAGAGACCUUGUCAUGGAAGCCUUACGCCGCAACACGUUUGAUAAUUUAACCGUCAUCGUCAUAUGCUUCUCCGAACCUGAUUACAGGGAACAACCAUCUCCUCGGCAAAGAAGAUUGAGGUGUUGUAGCCUAUCUGCAGAGGCUUUGUGUAGCUUGAGGAGUGCAAUGCGAAUUCGUGACCGGUAAAUACGAGUCUUUAAAUAAUACUAAUUGUUCAACCUGGGAUAUUAUAUAUACUGUUUCUGGCUGCUUCAGUUACAGGUAUAAAAAAAAAAGCAGCUUGAAGUUUUGCAGGGGUUGGUUUUGGUAUAAUUUUUUUUUUUUUUUGGGGGGGGGGAUGUACAUAGACGAUGGUGGUGUAAAGAUGAAGGAUGUAAUAAUUUAUGUGUGCUUACUGCUUAGCUCGAAGUCAUUUAUGGAUUCUUUUGCUCAAAAGUCCAGGUGGCUGACCAUUGUUAGUUCAUUGAUGUUGAUUCGUGAGAUGUAUUAUGUACAUAUUGUCAAUAAAGACCCAAAUCUUCAUUGCUGUC